CUCAAGUUUUCCGACACGGCCACAUGCCGCAGAGGCCAGCCACCACUCCAACACAGUUUUCUACGACCGAACACAACUAGCCGACCAUGAUGCGCACGUUCAUGAGCCACCCGACGCUCAGCGCCAACUGGAGUGGCGAGUACGAAGAGAAGUCUGCCGAAUGGUUUGAGCUGUUCCUCGACUUGAUUGUUGUGGCGGCAUGUUCGAACGUGACUGAGAAACUCAAAGAGGACUUGACCCCUUACGGCCUUGUGCACUUUGUUGUCCUCACGAGCAUGUACACCAGUAGUUGGACGUUGUAUACGAGCUUCCAUGCUCGAUUCAAUGAGAAGUCCCUGCUGCAUUACCUCUGGCUGUACGUUUGGUUCGCUGGCCUCGGCGGCAUGGUCCUUGCGGGGGAGCCGAGCACCGCAUUUACAAUUGGUCUCAUCCUCAUUCGCAUUGCCCAAUUGCUCAUGUACACGACCGUGUACGUACUACUCCCUCAAAGCCGCUGCACGACCAAAGUGGACAUGGUUUUUGUCGUGUUCAGCGUUGUGACUCUCUGCACCACGUUUGUGUUUCCCGAGGCGUGGACCGUUCCGUUGUACGCCGGCGUGUUGGUGUGGGAAGGUAUCGUUCGGUUUGUGGCAGCUGCCCAGGGGUGGCUUCAGACCAAAGACUCGAUUCGAAUCCCGCUCAACAUCGACCAUUUCAACGAACGCGUGGGUUGCAUGGUCAUGGUGGCUCUUGGCGAAGCAGUCGUGAGCACGAUCAUCAACUUCAAGGACCCGUCGCUCCUUACUGCGCGUUUCUUCUUCAUGAUGCAACUUGGACUGCUCGUGAUCUUCACGAUGGCCAUGUUCUACUUUGCCAUUCAGCCGCCCCGCGAGUUUCACGCGAUGCGUCGAUCCGUGUACGCUGGCAUCACCUUUUCGUGGUUGCACCUGUGUUUAUACCCCACGCUCUUGGUCAUUGGGGUCAGCCUCAAGCUCAUCACGGACGCCGUCGUGGCCGACGAACGGCUCGAAUCCACGCAAAUGUGGUGGUUGUUUGGAUCGCUUUCGGCUGCAUUGACAAACAUGCUGUGUAUUCGUCUCGCGCACUACGGCGGUCGCCACCCCGCUCCAACAGACCCUGACUGCGUCAAAACGAUCAAGUACACUUGGUGGGUUGUUGCUGGCGUGGCCCCGGUCGUGCCGCUUGUGCUUGGUGCAGGGCUGCAAGGGUUUUUCGGCGAUACGGUCGAUCCGAUUUACGCCCUGCUCGUAGCUGCAACAUUUAACGUGUCGUUUGUGAUUUUGGAAACGGCCGUCAUGAACAAGCUGGUGAAGUUGGGCCAUGGCAAGCUCGGUGGUAACAACGAGCACACCCCCUUGGUGAAGUCGGUGGAGUCCCACUAAGGUUCAAUACAGACACCUCGAGUCUUGCAUC